UAGUGGAUUUUUAGAGAGGGAGUUUGUUAUUUAGGAAUUGUAUUGACAAAAUGGCCUCCCAGGUUUGUCAGAAUUAUCACCAGGAUUGUGAAGCAGCUGUCAACAAACAGAUUAAUAUCGAGCUGACUGCCUCCUAUCUCUAUCAGUCUUUGAUGUCGUACUUUGACCGGGAUGAUGUUGCCCUGCACCAUUUCUCCCAGUUCUUCAAAGCUCAGUCCCAGGAGAAGCAGGAACAUGCAGAGAAGCUGCUGAAAUUCCAGAAUCAGCGUGGAGGCAGAGUCCUCCUCCAGGAUGUGAAGAAGCCAGAGAGGGAUGAGUGGGGUAACGGGCUGCAGGCAAUGCAGGUUGCCCUGGAUCUGGAGAAGAAUGUGAACCAGAGUUUGCUGGAUCUACACCAACUUGCCACUGCCCAGACUGACCCUCAUCUGUGUGACUUCCUGGAGACUCACUAUUUGGAUGAGGAGGUUGAGAUCAUCAAGCGACUUGGGGACUACAUCACCAACCUGAAGCGUCUGGGAGCUCCUGAGAAUGGGCUGGGAGAGUACCUGUUUGACAGGCUCUCGCUGGAGGACAGCAGUUAGUGGGACAUUGAAUACUGUUCGUGUCUGUCUUCCUUUGGAUAAUGUCAAAAGUACUUUUUCAAAAGUGGCUAUGUUGAAUAACUUGAACAUAAUUAAAGAAAACUUUGCCUGU